AUGCAUUCUUGCCUUAAUCGUUUGCAAGCCGUCUUCGGCUUCUUCACCACCGUCGCUCUGGUGGUGGCCGGGUUCGCCGCGCUCUCUGUCCUCCUGUUCCCGACAGACACGACGACAGCUUCGGUGCAGCUAAAGAAUGUCCAGGUCACCAAAGGCCGACCACACUACUACUCGACCAAACGCGAAGAAUACGCUCAAAUCCGCUUCGACCUCGACGCAGACCUCUCCCCACUCUUCAACUGGAACACAAAACAACUCUUCGUCUACGUCUACGCCACCUACUCCUCCUCCGACAAUGCCAACACGCAAACCCGCGCCUCCGAAGCUAUAAUCUGGGACUCGAUCAUCCCCGCCUCGCCAUCCCCGUAUUCCUGGGAGGCUCUCAAGGAAAAAGCCACCGCCUUGCUCCCCGCCUCGCUCACCUCUUCUUCGUCUGCGAAGUCUGCCGGAAAGCGCGGCGCAAAGCGCAAUUCCAAGACUAGCGCUAGCUCGAAGAAGAAGAAGGCCGCUGCUGAACCUGCUUCCCCGGGUGUGUUGCGUCUGCGGGGCCAGAAGGCCAAGUAUCAGAUUAGUGAUAUUACGGGGCAAUUGGCGGAGCGGCAGAAUGUGACGUUGUCUGUGGGUUGGAAUGUGCAGCCGUGGGUUGGGGCGUUGUGGUGGGCACCCGGGACCGGGGCGGUUCCCAGGACGGAAGGGCAGAUUGUGAGCAGUGAUGGGUUCGAUUUCCCGGCUUUGAAGGGGAAGAAGGUUGAGGGGCAGACGGGGCAGACGGGGCAGGCGAGUGCGCAGUGA